UCUAUUUCCUUCCUCUCCUUUCCUUAACGGCCACCGCUUUCUCCCCCUGAUUUGUCCUGCCCGCCGUGUUUCCCCGGCGUGACUACCUUAACCUGAUUACCUUCGCCCCUCGUCCACCACUCCAUUCCAUCCGUCAUACCACUUGCCCUUUUACCCUUAUACUAUACUUUCCCCCUCCUUUGCCCGACGCCACUAGGUCUGUGAUCUAUCGCUUGACCCUCUCUCCCUGACCUCUCUCCUCCCCGACCGUGCGGUACCUUUGAAUCUCACGCAACCGCCGUCAUGGGUCUCACUUUCUCCAAGUUGUUCGACCGCCUAUGGGGCCGCAAGGAGAUGCGUAUUCUGAUGGUCGGUCUCGAUGCCGCCGGUAAAACCACCAUCCUGUACAAGCUCAAGCUGGGUGAAAUUGUCACCACCAUCCCCACGAUUGGUUUCAACGUCGAGACCGUCGAAUACAAGAACAUUCAGUUCACCGUCUGGGACGUCGGUGGUCAGGACAAGAUCCGUCCUCUCUGGAGACACUACUUCCAGAACACCCAGGGUAUCAUUUUCGUUGUCGACAGCAAUGACCGUGACCGUAUCGUCGAGGCCCGUGAGGAGUUGCAGCGCAUGCUGAACGAGGAUGAACUCCGUGACGCCCUUCUCCUGGUGUUCGCCAACAAGCAAGAUUUGCCGAACGCCAUGAGCCCUGCCGAGAUCACUCAGCAGCUUGGUCUGCAGAGCCUCACCCGCCGUCCCUGGUACAUCCAAUCCACCUGCGCCACGACUGGUGACGGUCUGUACGAGGGUCUGGAGUGGCUUGCUGAGACGCUGCGGAAAACGAACCGCGACUAAACUGAUCAUCUAAUGAGUGGAAGAAUACCUGGAAGUUUGUGAACCUGGGAGUUGCGGAUGCUGGAUGGGGAACCGGGGCCGGCAAAGUCACCUCGUGUAGGGG